UGUGCACGAGGAUUUUUUUACAGGCUGCAUGUGCACGCGUUUUCACAUUUUGGGGGAGCGUUAGCAAAUGACGCACUCACGCGCAACAACGUUUGCGCACACGGCUCUGCUGUAUCUAAAACGACGGUAUUCCCGCUUUUGUUCCGGGAUCAAAGAAGGACCUGGGUUCGUGUUCUGCUCCAUCACUCACUCAGCCCUCUAGCCGAGGCACGUCUAAGCCCAAAGGUUUUCUCUCUUGCUGUGGUCCAGCUGGUUCAGAUGAUGGAGACGGUCCUUGGCCUGCUUCUUCUCAGCUCAGUGUCUCUGAAGGAAGUGAUCAGUGGAGAUGUGUGCGUGUCAGGUCAUGACAGUGGACCUGUGUUUGAAGAAGAGCCAAGCAGCCUAAUUUAUCCAGAGGGCUUGACUGAAGGGAAGGUGACCCUCAGCUGCCAGGCAAGGGCCAAUCCAGCAGCUUCAUACAGGUGGCUCCUGAAUGGCACUGAGGUCCCCCUGGGAUCAGAGCGCCACACCUUGGUGGCCGGCAACCUGGUGAUCAGCAGUCCAGAGCCUUCUCGGGACACGGGCUCGUACCAAUGUCUCGUCAUCAACCGCUGCGGCACUAUCAUCAGCAGAGCAGCUAAUCUCAAAUUUGGAUACCUCCAUGACUUCUCUCCUGACAGUAGGAGUCCACAGACUGCAUAUGAGGGUGUGGGUACCUUUCUGGCUUGUCAACCCCCUCCACAUUACCCAGCCCUGUCCUACCGCUGGUUGAUCAAUGAGUUCCCGAACUUCAUCAGGGCGGAUGAUGGCCGCUGGUUCGUGUCUCAGGUUUCGGGGAACCUGUUCCUGGCCAAAGCAGAGCCGAACGAUACUGCAAACUACUUCUGCUUCACAACCAUCAACCUGGACAUAAGCACCAAGAGCACCUUCAGCAAACCCAUCCCACUUUCCGUGCUGCCCAAUGCUAAUCCCAGGAAGUCAGCUCCGACCAUCAAGGUGCGCUUUCCUGCAGAGACGUAUGCGCUUACUGGACACACUGUGACCCUGGAGUGCUUUGCUUAUGGAAAUCCAGUCCCAAAGCUUCGAUGGAGGAAGGUGGACGGACUAAUGCCGUCCAAAACCGGCUCUUCUGCAGAGGGCCCCACCCUCAUCCUGCCUGACCUCUCUUUUGAUGAUGAAGGUGUUUACGAAUGUGAAGCCUACAACUCAGAAGGAAGGGACACACAUCAAGGACGGAUUUCAGUUCAAGCUCAGCCGGAUUGGGUUCAAGUGAUGAGUGACUCAGAAGUGGAGAUCAGCUCGGAGCUUCUCUGGAGCUGUCUGUCAUCUGGGAAACCCCGCCCCUCUGUACGCUGGCUCCGUAACGGGCAGCCUGUUAUCACACAGGACCGGGUUGAGGUGAACGGAGCUAAUCUUAAAAUCAGUUCACUGGCCCUGGAUGAUUCUGGGAUGUAUCAGUGUGUGGCUGAAAACAAACAUGGCACCAUCUACGCUUCUGCUGAGCUGAGAGUCCAAGUUCAAGCCCCAGACUUCAGGUUGAAUCCAGUCCGGAGGCUAAUCCCGGCAGCUAGGGGAGGGCAGGUGAUGAUCGAGUGCCGCCCUCGAGCUGCCCCAAAGCCCAUCCUGUUCUGGAGCCGUGGGACGGAGCUGCUCGCCAACAGUAGCAGAAUCACUGUGGCUCCGGACGGAACGCUAUGGAUCAGAAAUGUCAGCCGGGCUGAUGAGGGAAAAUACACCUGCUUUGCUGAAAACUACCUGGGCAAGGCCAACAGCACGGGACACCUGUCUGUCAGAGAUGCCACCAAGAUCACCCUCGCCCCCUCCAAUGCAGACAUCAAUCAGGGGGAAAAUGUCACGCUGCAGUGCCAUGCCUCCCAUGACCCCACCAUGGACCUGACCUUCACUUGGGCCCUCAAAGGGGUCCUGCUAGACCUAGAGGACCCCGCAGGGCGGUACUUCCGUAUCCAGGGGCAGGAGAACAUCGGCGACCUCUUGAUUGUUAAUGCUCAGCUAAGCCAGGCGGGGAUCUUCACAUGCACUGCUCAGACAGUUGUGGACAGUGCUUCUGCUUCAGCAAGACUGGUGGUUCGAGCCCCCCCGGGACCUCCUGGUGGAAUUCUGGUGAAGAUGGUGACGGACACAUCUGUGGAGCUCUGGUGGAGUCACGGCCAUGAUAACCACAGCCCCAUCGGCAAGUACAUCAUCAUGGGGCAGUCGUCUUUGUCCUCAGAGUGGAAGAAGAUGAGAACAGAACCCGCCAACAUCGAAGGGAAUGCAGAGUCGGCUCGUGUGAUUGGACUAAUGGCUUGGAUGGAUUACCGGUUCCAGGUGAUUGCCAGUAACAUCUUGGGCAAAGGAGAGCCCAGCCAGCCAUCCGCCAGGAUUCGCACGCAGCCUGCAGCUCCCACUGUGGCCCCCAGUGGACUUGGUGGAGGAGGGGGAGAUCAUCAUGAGCUGAUAGUGACGUGGACGCCCAUGGCCAGGGAGUACCAAAAUGGGGAUGGCUUUGGAUAUAUCCUGGCGUUCAGGAGGAAAGGCACAGCAGCGUGGUCCGAAGUUCGAAUCCCACAUGUGGAGUCCUCUCGACAUGUGUACUACAAUCAAAGCCUGGCACCGUACACUCCCUUUGAGGUGAAAAUCCAGGCUUAUAACCGGAAAGGAGUGGGUCCAUUCAGCCAGACGGUGGAGGUCCACUCUGCGGAAGAAGAACCAACAGUUGGACCAGCGAGCAUCAACGCCACGGCCUUGUCCGCUUUUGAGAUCCAGGUGUCUUGGGAGCCUGUCCAGCAGCUGAGCGCUAAUGGAAUCCUGAGAGGAUAUGAGAUCCGAUACUGGAGACAACAUGAGCGGGAAGCGGCAGCAGACAGAGUGAGAACUGCCGGCUUGGAACCAACUGCCAGAGUGUCAGGUCUUCGGCCCAGCACUCGAUACCACGUCGCAGUUUUUGCGUAUAACAGCGCAGGCACCGGGCCGUCUUCGCCACGCACCACCGUCACCACCCGCAAACCACCUCCCAACCGUCCUCCUGGAAACGUUUCAUGGAAAAUCCAAGGCUCCCAGGUGGCAGUAAGGUGGGAUCAUGUGACGGCCUUGCACAACGAGUCAGCGGUCCUGGGCUACAAAGUCCUGUACAAGCAUGAGGACCAGACGGUUCUAAAGCUUCUGGACAAGACGAAGACAUCAGUGAGCCUGCCUCAGCCAAAAGACAAUGGCUAUGUCGUGCUGGAGAUCCGGUCCUGGGGCGAAGGUGGAGACGGACCAGCUCAUGAGAUCAUUGUGUCCCGAGACUCAGGAACGGGGAUGAUGGUGCAGAAUAACUCGUCCUCCGUCCAGUCCUCCAGUCUGCUACUCCUCAUCCUCUUUCUCUCUCUUAUGGACCUGUGAUCUUCAUCAUUCAGAGGACUUUUUCUGUCAGUGAAGCAGAGACUGAGCCGUGCCUGUGGUGGGGGGAGGGGGGUCACUUUUUAGCUUUUUCUUACGGGAAAGAGAAUCUUUAAAAUGAUGCGGGGGUUAAGGGGAACAUCCACCAUGUGAUACCCCUCUAGAUGGCUGUGUAGGGUGGUUUGGACGUUUGAGGGGGGUGGGGAUGUUUACACCGACAGGAAAUGGACUGAUGAGUCGCCAUUAUUUUGCUUCACAUCCUCAGCUGGAAAACCAUCUCUUCGAUACUACUUGGAGAAGGAACAGACAUCCCAAUGACCUGCAGCUCCUGCACACACUCUGUUUGUUAAGAGAUGUCACAUGACUGUGACAUCACUGUCAGAAUUUGUGACAGUAGAUUGGCCACUUCACACUUGAAAUUACUGAAGGAAGUACAUAUAAUUAAACAACUUAAUGCAAGACAUUGUUUAAGGCAUGCUUGACAUCACACUAGCUAGAUGGGUGACACCCUACUGUCUGUCAUACAACAACCAAGGCUCCAUGUGUUGGAGUUGUACCAUCCGUACCAGCCAGUGUCAGGAAUGAAACUGAGGAUCUGCUGUUGAUGACUGGUAUGGGGUCUGUCUACUCUCAAUGACUGCAGAAACUCUGCCUUGUUCUCUGUUGGCUGCUUUACUGCUGAUAAGCUGAAGCAGGCAGAGAUGAGGAGCUGCAAUCAAAGACAUAAAAAAAAUAAUCUCGUCUUCAUCAACAAACGAUCAGUUUAAAGUUUACAAAACUCCUGUGACCUUGUUGGUCCGAUUAUCUGAUUGGCCAGUUCAUUUCACAAUAGUUUUCUAAAGGAUACUUUCAAGAAAGUAGCACGUAUGAGUGCCACAAAAGUAUGUGUUCUGAUUGACUUAGAUGAAGCCAGUUCUGCUGAUAGGGUUUAUACAACUCAGAUGUGGAGCGUUCUUAUGUUGUAAGACAUUUUAUUAUAAUGUGGAUAGAUUUGUUUUUUCUUGUCAAACAAUCCUCAACAGUAGACAUUCAGGCACUAAUGGAGUGAGAACAGUCGCAAUGUACUGCUGGUUUUCCUUCUUGGAGGACCUCAGCUCCUCUUUUUCAUCCCUAUGGGUCUAUUUGGAAGAAAUUUAAACUUUUGAUUCAAGCUUCUCCCCUUUAGACAUUUCUCUUAAUCCUAUACUUUCUUCUGUCUUAAUCAUAUUUUUGUUUUUUCAUUAUGUCCAGACUCCUACAGGUUUAUGGUUUCAUCUUUUGAUCCUGUUAGUCAGAAGUUUGUUGCUGUUGAAAUCUGUCAUAGCUCAUUGUUGACUAAAGCUAAGAUUUGUAUGAAAAUCGACCAGAUCUGUUUCUUCUAGCAGUCAUCCAGGCCCAGGAAAUUGCCACUAUGGCCAGGUUUAUUUCCAAAAUGCUCCUGCAUUUUUUUCUCAGAAACACUGAUGUGUAAAAAGUGUUGAAUGUGACUUUCUAAUGUACACAAGUUUCAACAGCAACACAGAUUUUCUUUGCAGUUUCAUCUGUUGCCAUGGUCAGUCAUUUGCUUUGUUGGCUGCUUGACAUGCAGUGACAGAAACAACUGUGUUAUAAGCAAAAAUAUGUGUACAAAGUUGGUAGUGGCUACACAGUCAUUUGUGUGAACUAAGAAUGUUAAGGGACCAAAGACACAACCCUGUGGGGCUCCGUUGCUAUUGUAUACACAUGUCUCUCCAGUCAUACUGCCUUAGAUCUACUGGUUAAAAAAUUAAAGAUCCACUGACUUGGAAGUGGAGUUAGUCCCACAUAUUUCAAUUUGCUAGUCUCUAUGUGGGAACUUAAAGCAUUGCAAAUGUUUGUUUUCACCCAAGGCUUCCAGUUUGGAAACAUUUUAACAUUUUUCUGCAAACUUGCCAAUUCGUGUCAAACUUGCCAAUAAAUUCCACCACUGCUUCUGUAAACACGUCAUCCCUCCGUCUGAACAUCUCCCAUUCUGGUGUGUCCUGCAAGGUUUAGCUCUCAACCUCCUCUGACCUGGGGUUUACAUUUCUAGAUUUUGUUUAUUUAGUAUUACGAUACUUUCAAAUGGUCUCAAUAGUAUGAAUAACAGUCUACACAAGUGACUGUCACUGUAGAGAAGAAAACCCAUUGUACUGCAGCAGAACAAGACUUAAAUACCAUCUGCAACAACGGCACUACGGAGAAAGAGGAAGGUAAGGAACAAUGACCCCCAGUGGUCCAGGUCUAUAGCAAAAAAAAAAAAAAGAAAAAUACCUAGCAGCAUGACUCAAAAAUGUGGACUGAAUUUGUUUUUUAAAGUCUGGUUUAGUUGUGUUAAAAUGUUUUAUCCAAUAGACUCUGGAUUGUCAUCUCCAUGCCUAACUAACAGAUGUGCAGCUGCUCUCAAGGUAGAAGAUUGUCUCCACUUUUCUGCCAGCGUUCAUCUUUCCCCAUACUGGUCUCCACUCCCUCAUCUGGGUGGGUUAGAUGAGAGAGGCAUCACUUGUAAAUAUGAUUUCAAAUAAACAUCUUGGUUUGUUCUCCA